AUGGAUUUAGAUGCGGUUAUAGAACACUCAGCAUUGCAUGCCAAGCCCAGUGGACUCAUUCUUCAAUAUGGGACUGCUGGCUUCCGAACAAAAGCACAACAUCUUGAUCACGUCAUGUUUCGCAUGGGGUUAUUAGCUGUCCUGAGGUCAAAACAUACAAAAUCUACAAUAGGAGUCAUGGUAACAGCAUCACACAACCCUGAGGAAGACAAUGGUGUAAAAUUGGUUGAUCCUUCGGGUGAAAUGUUGGCACCAUCCUGGGAGGAACAUGCUACCUGUUUGGCAAAUGCCGAGCAGCAAGAUCUGCAGAGAGUGCUGGUGGCCAUCACGGAGAAAGCAGCCGUGGACCUGCAGCGCAAUGCCUUCAUAGUGAUGGGGAGAGAUACCAGGCCCAGCAGUGAGAAACUUUCACAGUCUGUGAUAGAUGGUGUGACUGUUUUAGGAGCUCAGUUCCAUGAUUAUGGCCUAUUAACCACGCCCCAGCUGCACUACAUGGUGUACUGCCGGAAUACCAGUGGCCAGUAUGGAGAGGCAACCAUAGACGGUUACUACCAGAAACUCUCCAGGGCCUUUGUGGAACUUACCAAACAGGCUUUCUACAGUGGAAAUGAAUAUAGAUCCCUUAAGGUCGACUGUGCAAAUGGCAUAGGGGCCCUGAAGCUAAGAGAAAUGGAACACUACUUCUCCCAGGGGCUGUCAGUCCACCUGUUCAAUGAUGGAACCAAAGGGAAACUCAAUCAUUUAUGUGGAGCUGACUUCGUAAAAAGUCAUCAAAAACCUCCACAGGGAAUGGAAAUGAAGUCCUGUGAAAGAUGCUGUUCCUUUGACGGCGAUGCAGACAGAAUAGUGUAUCACUACCGUGACGCGGACGGCCGCUUCCGCCUUGUGGACGGAGACAAGGUGGCAGCGCUCAUCAGCGGCUUCCUCAAGGAGCUCCUGCUGGAGAUUGGAGAAAGUUUGAAUAUUGGUGUUGUACAAACUGCAUAUGCAAAUGGAAGUUCAACAAGGUAUCUUGAAGACGUUAUUAAGGUGCCUGUGUAUUGCACUAAAACUGGAGUAAAACAUCUACACCACAAGGCGCAGGAAUUUGACAUUGGAGUUUAUUUUGAAGCAAACGGACAUGGCACAGUGCUGUUUAGUAAAGCUGCUGAAAUGAAGAUAAAACAACUAGCAAAAGAAUUAGAAGAUAAGAAACAGAAAGCUGCUAAGAUGCUUGAAAAUAUUAUUGACUUGUUUAACCAGGCAGCUGGUGACGCUAUUUCCGACAUGCUGGUGGUUGAGGCGAUCCUGACUCUGAAGGGCUUCACUGUAGAACAAUGGGAUGCUCUCUAUACAGAUCUUCCAAACAGACAGCUCAAAGUUAAGGUUGCAGACAGGCAAGUGAUCAGUACCACCGAUGCUGAAAGACGUGCAGUUACUCCUCCAGGACUACAGGAGGCAAUCGAUGAGCUGGUGAAGAAGUACAAGCUUUCCCGAGCUUUUGUCCGGCCCUCUGGUACAGAAGAUAUAGUUCGAGUAUAUGCAGAAGCAGACUCGCAAGACAGCGCGGACGCCCUUGCAUAUGAAGUGAGCUUGGCGGUAUUUCAGCUGGCUGGAGGAGUGGGAGAAACACCCUGACCAGGGAAGGUGUUUGCGCAGAGCGUGGGGCUCCCUGAGUGCCCUGCACGCCGGCUGGUGACUUUGCUGUUGAAGACCUGGCUGAGGACGCUGAAGAACGGCAGCAGCUGCUCCAUGUUGCGCACGGUACCAACGGUGAGCAGCAAGUGCCCCGGCUCCCAACCCAGCAUUCUCCCUGAGUUGUCUUCCUCUGGAUUCUUCUGCAGAAAAAAAAAAGGGAAUUGUUAUUAACAGAUGAUGUAGUACAUGAGAAAACUUAAAAGGGUAUAAACAUCAGCAAACACAGUUAUGAAUGCAAAUGAUAGCAUUAGGUUUCCAUUCCAGACUUGAUUAAAAUGUUUGCUUCUAAGCAUAUGUAGAGGAGUCUAACAAACACUGGAGUGACGUUUUCCAACUAGACUGCAUGAAAUAAGCUUGCUUAGUAGCAGAAUUGGUUUUGAAUAGGGAGAGUCAAAUAUUGUAAGUUUAUUUUGUGCUUCGCAUAUACUCAAAAAGCUUCCAGAUUUCUGGAUGCCCACAAUAUCCAAAGGACUCAGUCACAAAAUGACUAUAGCAGUUUGGAAGGGACAGAGUCUUUAUACAUUUCACCAUUAGUAAAUCAGUUAAUUCCCCUUCCACCCAAACGGCUUCAACUUGCCAAAAAAGGUGGUAGGGUCCAAAGUGAGUAAUUACUAUCAGAACAGAGAAGGAAAGGAAUGCUUAGGAGAGACACUUAUAUACUUCCGUGUUGUGCUAAGCAACGUGAGGAGUCAAAAUGGUUAGUAUCCUGGUUCUGCUGUUUCCUUACUGUGCGGCAUUCCCAGGCAAAACGCAGAAAAGUCUCUCACAAAUGCAGUAAUAUGAGCUACCUUGCAACAGAAAAGUCAGAUGAGAAUGUAUGUGAAAACACUGGCAAAUAUAAGCAUAGAAGUGAAAUAAUUUAUACUGAGGCUAGUUUGAGAAGUCAACUAAAAUAUACAAACAGUUGUAGCCACCAUUCUAUCUAGGGAAAGUUAUAUGAGAAUUGAAGGUGUUUGAACUUGAGCAAAUCAUGAAUAUGAAAACACAUUGAAGAGAUAAUGAAAACAAUAAGCUGGGGAAAAAGAAAAAAAUCAAGUGGGAGUACAAAGCAGAAUUAAAUCUGUCAUGUGUGUUAACAUAUGUAGUUGGCCUUCUUAAAUCAGAUGUUCCCAAGAGUUCCCCUAUAUUCUAAUAUCACUACUUUUCCUAAGUGGAGAGAAGUAGAUGCAAAGUCCAACUUGUUUUCUUGUGUGUGUGCACCACAAGGUUUGUCUACUUAAACAUGAAAUCCUGAGAAAGGAAAAUAGAUUUAAGUCAAAAUAUGAGCAAACAAGAAAAGUGUCCUGUUCGUCAUGGCCAGAAAAAAGAAAAAAAUAGCCAUCACUUUAUUUCUUAGCACUUAACCUCAAACCUAAAUUAAAGGAUGUAGAAAACCAUUUGCCUUUCUCUUAACUGUAACACUGGCUUUACUGAGAGUCUAGGGACUAACUCUCACAUCCCUGAUGACCAUUAGCCAACCCCCUGACUGGGCUCCCUGCAGUCCCUCCAAGUCACACUGUAACUCAGCCGUAUUUAAAAUGUGUCCAGAGAUGAGUUUAACCUGAAGACAAAUGAAUAAUGUGCUUGAAUUCUCUACACAGCGAGUUUCCAAAUGGAGAGAGAACUUACUUGAGUUAUAGUUAUAGUGAAAGAGGUGUAUAUUCCUGUCAAAAUGUACCUUAAGACAGGGACUCCUGGUAAGCUCUUGACCAAGAGGAGGGCACCUGCUCUAGUGGGCUGCUCCUCAUGAUCAGAAUCACACCCCGUCCUCAGAAAUAAAUAGGCGAACAUGUAUGCAUAGGAUUUCUCCCUUCACUUCAUCAAUCUAACUUGAAAACUUCCUUCCUGUUGACCUCUCUCUUACUUGUUGAGAACCAGAGCUGGAUUUGUGUCCCCAUGUUUGGUCCAGAUGUGGCAAUUUCUGCUGCUAUACCACAAGCAUCAAAAAGCCACCCUCACCUGAUGCUUGGCCAUCUCCAAUCCCUCCAAAAUCACUGUCUUAAAGUCCUCCUCCUUGUCCUGUGGAAGGAAAGAGGAGAACUCACAGCCUUUGUUUUAGUGAAAAGUAUGUUUGGCCAUGAAGACCUUGUUUAAAAUGUUCUGAAUGAAAAAAUGCUUUCUAAUCAAAACUGUCUUCUCACUCUGUGGGAAAAGUUGGGCAAAAGACUGUCAUGUUUAUUCCUUAGUUAAGGGAGGGGGUCUUAUGGAAACCUCUGUUACUAAGGAGAUGCAGGGAUGACAAAGUUCAUGUUCCUGGGGUCGUGCGUAAUUACGUUACUUCUGGAUUUGUUGUUGGGAUUAUUUUUUCAAACCCUGUGAUCGUAAAGUAGAAAGCACCCAUGUCCUAUCCUACUCUCUGGACCCAACUUUCAUCUUCAUCUUUGUCCUUUGCUUAGUCCCUAAAGACACAACUUGAUUUUAAAUAGAGUUCCUCUAUCCUUCAAGUACAGCCUCAUUUUUAAUCACUUUCCUCUAUUACAUUUCUGUAGCUUGUGGAAUGCAGUUUAGGAGCUCCUGUCUGAAUAGGUGACCCCAGAAGACUGGAAAAUUUCUGAGCCCUCAAAGCACAUACUACAAACUAGGACUCACAGAACAACCCAGAUAUCCCAAACUGUACAUUUUAUUUUUGAAAUUUUCUGAAUGCAAAAGAAAUAAGGGCAAAAAGAUUUGCAGCAAAGGCCCACUGAUGAGCUUGCCAAAUUCCUUACUAUUUUCUUGAGCAGAGACCUCUAAUUAGCCUGAAAGAUACAAAGUAUAUAAAACAAUAUAAAUAUAUUUUACAAAUUCAUCUUCUUAUACUCAACAAAAAUGAAAAAGAAAAAGAGGAUGCAAUACCUUUGCCCUUUUCCGAAGAAGUUUUGCUAGUCGUACAACAUAAGGUUUAAAUUCUCGUUGGUGUAUGCCCUGCCUUCUGACUUCUAAACCUGAAUCAUCUGAGGCUUCUGGAAUAAAGGCCCAUCGGUACCUAUGAACAGAAGGAUUAUACAACAUUAGUGAGACAGACUUUGCACCACCUACGCAAGGCCACGUAACUACAGUAGAAAGAGCCUGGCCCCACCACUUACACAGAUUGAAAUGCUAGCUGGGCUGCUUACAGCCCUGCCACCUGGGCAUGCUUCUUAACUGGGGCCUUUUCUUCAUUACUAUUAACUGCCUCACAGGGUUGCAAUGAAUAAAUGAAUAUGUAAACUUGUAAAGUGCUCAUUGCUAUUUUUUUUUUCAUGCAUACAAGGCAAGUAACUCCACAGAUAUUUCUAUCAUUAGUAAUAGGCAAAAUCUCCACUGUAUACUUGCCAGGAUGGUCUCUAACUGUACAGGUAAGGGGGCAAAGAAAUAAAAGAAUUUAAGAGAAGUUUAAGUAGGACUUCUUUCAUAGUUCCCUUGUAUUUUUGUAUCUUAUCAGUAAAAUUAAUAUUUGUGACAGAAUUUAAGCAGUAUAGAUUUAUAUAGAAAAAAUAUAAGCAGAAUCUCCCACUAUAGGACCCAUCAAUAUCUACAGUUUCUUGUAUAUCCAUCCACAGUGUUUAUGCAUAAAAGAGCAUAUAUUCAUACAUCCAACCCCUUUCUCUCAAAAUAAAUUUUUAAAAACAUAA